AUGAGAAAGUUCAACAAAUUUAUAGUUGAGCACGAUAUCAUUGACUUGCCUCUGAAGGGUGCAAGAUACACUUGGUCGAAUGGACAAUCAAAUCCGGUUAUGUGCAGGUUAGACAAGUUUCUCAUUUCCCCAUCUUUGGAACAAUAUUACCCUUUCUUUACCCAGUUAGAUAAAUCCAGACCUAAAUACGAUCACAUUCCACUCCUUCUAGACAUUUCUAACCCUUCCUGGGGACCUAGUCCUUUUAGGUUUGAAGCUAUGUGGUUCAUGGAGAAUGGUUUCUUACAAUUACUGGAAGAUUGGUGGCUUUCUUUUUGUUUUGCAGGUACACCUAGUACAGUGCUUUGGUUGAAGUUAAAAGCACUUAAGGAAAAGCUAAAAGUCUGGAACAAAGAAGUUUUUGGACACACAACCACAAAGCUCAAUAUCAUUCUCUCGAAUAUUCAAACUCUAGAUUUGCUAGGAGAAGAUAAUGGUCUCACAGAAGAAGAGCGGAAUGUGCAUAUACAAAAUAAAGCGGAAUUCGAAAGAAUUUCUAAAAUGGAGGAGACGUCAUGGGAAAUUAAAUCAAAAACCAAAUGGCUACAAGAUGGAGACCGAAACACUUCAUUUUUCAUCAGCAAUGCCUCUGCGAGACGUAGAUACAAUAGAAUAAGGCAGUUAUACGUCGACAAUGAACUUGUGUCUGAUAGGAAGAGGUUACAAGAACAUAUUGUGGGUUUUUACAAGACACUUUUCACUGAAGAAGAAAUUAGGCCUGAUUUAGAAGGGAUUGAUUUUGAUUCCAUCACUGCUACAUAA